GUGCGGAGCAGGGUGGGGCGCGGUGGGCUGAGCUGGGAGAAGAGGGGGGUGUGUCCGGAGCAUAUAAGUAUUCAGAUCCAAGAACAGAGCGAGUGAAGAAGAAAAAAGUUUUCAUCCGCUGAAGGAACAUUUCGAAGAGGAGAAUCCACGAAGAGAAAAAUGCCAAGCGAGCGGUUGACAGUCAGGGGCGUGUCGGAGGUAGGGCGCUUCUCCGGAGCAGCCCCGCCCACCAGGGUGGAGCUCACCAUUCAGAAAGAGGGGGAGAAGAAACAGGAAGAUGGAGCCUGUCGCCGAUGGUUCAGGAAGAUGUGUCCGUGCUGCUGUAAGCGCCAGAACAGCACCUCCUAUGAUAUCACAGACAAGGUUGAAUUGGUCAAACCUCCAGCCCCAGAGCCCGCCAAGCCAAAGCCUGAGAAUGGAGAAGCAAAGGAGAUGGAAGAAAUAAAGCUGUCGGUGCGUUCGGUUGACCCGCUGAGCUCCAAGACAAGUCAGAACAGACAGGAGCACCACACGGACUUGUAUCACGGCGACGAGCUGAUCAUCCGCAGAGGACAGACCUUCCAGAUUGAGCUGGAGCUCAACAGGCCCUUCAAUGCUGAAAAUGACAAAAUGCAUCUGGACCUGAAAACAGGUCCCCUGCCCAUGGUGUCCAAAGGCACCCACGUCAUCAUUCCUCUGGUGGAUCACCUGGAGGAUGAACGCUGGGAGGCAAAGAUCGUAGCGGCGAACGGCACCAAGGUCAAGUUGUCCGUCAACUCUCCAGCCAGCGCUGUGAUUGGCCUGUACGGGCUCAGCGUGGUGACUUGCUCUAUAAAGGGAGAGGCCGCAACUACCUACAACUCCAACAAGAACAUCGUCAUGCUCUUCAACCCUUGGUGUGAAGAGGAUACAGUGUUCCUGGAUGAUGAGGAGGAGAGGAAGGAGUAUGUGCUGAAUGACACUGGGAGGAUUUACUACGGCACAGAGCAUCAAAUUGGGGCCCGGACAUGGAACUUUGGACAGUUUCAUGAAGGAAUCCUGGAUGCGUGUCUGUUCAUCCUGGAGAAGAGUGACAUGCCUCCGUCUGGUCGAGGGGAUUCUGUCAAUGUGGUCAGGGUCCUAUCUGCCUUGAUUAACGCUCAGGAUGACUUUGGGGUUCUGGUCGGGAACUGGUCUGGGAAAUACUCCGACGGAGUCUCUCCUGCGGCGUGGAGCAGCAGCGUGGAGAUCCUGAGGAAGUACCACUCCUCCAGCGGCACGCCUGUGUCAUAUGGACAGUGCUGGGUCUUUUCUGGGGUCACCACAACAGUGUUGCGGUGUCUUGGAAUACCAGCCCGCAGCGUGACCAACUUCCAGUCCGCUCACGAUACUGACGUGUCCCUCACCACCGAUGUGUAUUUCGAUGAGGAUGCGGAGCCGAUCGACUACCUCAAUAGUGAUUCCGUCUGGAAUUUCCACGUAUGGAACGACUGCUGGAUGGCCAGACCGGACCUGCCUCCUGGCCAUGGAGGCUGGCAGGCUGUUGACUCCACUCCACAGGAAACAAGUCAGGGCACCUUCCGCUGUGGCCCCGCAUCCGUCAACGCCAUCCGUUCCGGCCAAGUCUACCUCAAACAUGACACGCCUUUUGUGUUCGCUGAGGUCAACAGUGAUAAAAUCUACUGGAAGAGGAACCUGGAUGGCACUUUCAACCAGUUCCACAUCGAGAAGAAAGCGGUCGGCCACUGCAUCAGCACCAAAGCCGUGGGCUCUGAAGAGCGGGCAGACAUCACACACCUGUACAAACACCAAGAAGAUUCAGAGGAGGAACGCAUCGCUGUGGAGACCGCCAGUCGCUAUGGCAGCAAGCCAGAAGUCUACUCCACACCCAUGGCUGAGGACGUCGCCGUGGAGGUGAAGAUGGAGGGCGAGGGGCCGAGGAUGGGCACCGAUGCUAAGCUGAGCAUCUUGGUGAAGAACCUGAGCUCAGAGCCUCGUCAGACAACCCUGCACAGCCAGGUGGCCGUCAUGUACUACACCGGUGUGCUGAAGGGCACCAUCAAGAAGGAACAGAUACCUGUGGAGCUUUUGCCCAAUGAAGAAAAAACCAUUGAGUGGGUGCUGCCCUACCAGCAGUACCAGAACCAGCUGGUGGAUCAAGCCGCCCUGAUGUUGACCCUGUCUGGAAGAGUCAUCGAGACGCAGCAAGUGUUGGCCAACCAGACCUCGUUCAGGCUCCGCACCCCUGACCUCAACAUCUCGCCUUUGGGAGAAGCUGUCGUUGGCAAGGAGAUGGCAGCAAAGAUCACCUUCACCAACCCCCUGCCACGUACGCUGAAGGACGUGGUGUUCAGAGUGGAAGGCCUGGGUCUACAAAAGGGCCAUGAAGUGGUUGUAGGUGACGUUAGUGGUCACUCCACGGUGACACUGACAGAGCACUUCAUCCCCACCCAGCCCGGACCCAGGAAGCUGGUGGCGUCCCUCGACUGCAAACAGCUCACGCAAGUGCACGGCGUGGCUGAUAUCGUCGUUCUUGAAAAAUAAGAUGGAGCCUGUGGAACCAUCACUCUGCCUUAUAAACUGAAAGCGUUUGAUUAUAUGAAGUCUGCCAAGUUCCUCUAUCUUAAACUAUCUUGUGUAUUUUAUAUAGCAAAAAUAUGAAAUCAUGAUAUUUUUAAAACUAUGAAUAGACACUUAACAACUGUAGCAUUAUCAGUAUUAUUUUUUACCUGAAGUAAUAUAAAUUCAUUUCUGCCUUGCUCUAAAAUGUUAAACCUGUGGUAAAGAAGUAUAGGGCAGGGUUUAAAUGCAUGCCUAGCCAAUGCAGUGCUGUAACUAACAAGCAUUCAUAUAUUGAAUUAAGCUGUUCUAGUUAUUAGACUGAUUCUAAACUAGUGCAUUUCAAGACGUUGAACGAUGUGAAGUUGCAGUGAGGUCAUCAGUAUUGCGUGAUAAUGAACAUGCUGUAUGUGUGUCAUACAUGUAUCUUGUCACAAGGUGGAAAAAAAGAAUCUGUGAAAACUAUUUUCAGACAAAAUGAACCUCACAUGGCUUAAAUGAAGGAAGGGUACUGUGAAAUGUUUUGAAAGGAGACAUUGAAAUUGGCGUUUUGCAAAUUGCACACUGGAAUUCCCCACAGUUUCUUUUUCUGUUACAUUUGACAGAAACAUUUUGUAAUCAAAGUUCGAAGACAAAGUCAUUUUUCCAAACUAGUCGACAAUGUG